AUGAGCGCUCCCGGAUACUACAACGGCCCUCCUCCCCCGCCCCAGGCGUACCCUCCCCAGGGCUAUCCGCCUCCGCAGGGUGGUUAUCCUCCCCAGGGAUACCCCCAGCAGCCCUACCCUCCGAUGCAGUACCAGCAACAGCCCCCUCCCCAGCAGAAGGACCGCGGAUGUCUCGGUGCCUGCCUGGCGACGCUCUGCUGCUGCUUCCUGUGUGAGGAGUCCUGCGAAUGCUGCUUCGAGUGCAUCGAGUGCUGUGAGAUGUGUUAA